AUGGAAAGCCCUGGAAGUGAGCAGCCCCUGGAAACUAUGCAGAGGGGGGAACACUUUGGCCAAAGGUCCCCUCAGAGGAAUCUAGGGAGACACUCCAAAUGUUCUGAAUGCGGGAAAUCCUUUGCUUACUGGUCCCUCCUUUUGAUCCACCGGAUGCUGCAUAAGGGGAAUGGAUCCCACCUGUGUUUUCUAUGUGGAAACUCCUUUCCUGGAAUGUGGAGCUUUGCCAAACAUCUCCGGAGCCACCCUGGACUGAAGCCUUACAAAUGCGGAGAGUGUGGGGAACGUUUUGCUAAAGGCUCGGACCUUGGAGCUCAUCAGCGAAUCCACCAGAAAAAGAGAUCUCAGGAAUCCAGGAAGAGCUGGGGAAGAUUUCCUGAGAGACGGCGUCUUUCUAGGCCUCAGAACAGCCAGGCUGAAGAGAAGCCCUGCAAGUGUGUGCAAUGUGGGCUGUGCUUUCUUCAAAACUCAGAGCUGCUUAAACAUCAGCAAAUCCACACCAGAGGGAAACCCUAUCAAUGUCUGGAGUGUGGGAAAUCUUUCCAUUAUAAACAAUUAUUUAGAAAACAUGAGAAAAUUCACACAAGGCAGAGACCUUAUAAAUGCUUUGUGUGUGGAAAAUGUUUCACUCGGAGUUCAUCUCUUUGGAAACAUAAUAAAACACACACAAAGGAGAAAAGAAAAAUGUGCCUAGAAUGUGGGAAAACUUUUUCCAGCAAAUCAUGCCUGCUGAAACAUCAGAGAAUUCACACUGGGGAAAACCCUAUCAGUGCCCAGAAUGUGGGAGAUGUUUUAGCCAGAAGUCAAACCUAA